UGUUUCUGAUCCAAGUGAGUUACGAUUUAUUUUGGUAUCGCUGGUUGUCGAAAUUUGGUCGUUUGUGCAUCAAAGCUAACAAAAUAAAAACAAGUGAAACUAGGAAACGGAACAGUUAACUUCUCGCAUCAAGUUCUUCCAGCAGCGGGGAAGAGGUUUCCUGCUUCCGCCCCACACUCGCGAUGGUAUCCAAAGGUGAUCAAGUCGCCCUGAGCUUCCACGAGUCGUGCCUGCGCCUGUCGGAUGUUGAGCUGCUCAAGGGACCCUUCUGGCUGAACGACCAAAUUAUUUCGUUCUACUUCGAGUAUCUGGAGAAGCUGAUGUUCAAGGACGAGGAGGACAUCCUGUUCGUUAGCCCGGAAGUGACGCAGUGUAUUCGUAUGGUGUCGGAACCGGAGGUGGGUAUUUUUUUGGAACCGCUAAAGGCCAACGAGCGGGCGUUCAUCUUUUUCGCUCUGAACGAUAACCAGAUAGCUGACCGGGCUGGAGGUUCCCACUGGAGCCUGCUGGUUUUCUCCCGCCCGGAACGAGCCUUCUUCCAUUUUGAUUCUUCGCACAACAGCAAUUCGGACAUUUGCCGACAGUUUGUGGCAGUCCUGAAGCGUGCCUUGCGAUGUCCCGAUGCUCAGCUGCGAACCGGAGAUUGUCUUCAGCAGAGCAACGGGUACGAUUGUGGGGUCCAUGUGCUAUGUACGGUUGACAAAACUACCCAGCAGAUUCGCAAGAGCGGACGAAUCGAGGGAGUGAAAAGCGCCCGGUACGAUGUUGUUCGAGGAAAGAGGGAAGAAAUCUUACACACGAUUAUCGAUCUUGGCGGCAGAAUAAAUUAGGACAGUUUGGCCAGCAGCAGCAAUUGACACACAUACGACACACAAACAAAAAUGAUAGUGACCUAAUAUAGGAGAUUGUGGCGUUUUUUAUACCUAGAUAUGACAUAUGCAUUCUCAUAAAAUUUCCGUUGUGUUUCCUCCUAGUGGUGGGAUUGAUUAUUAUGUGAGAUGUUUUACAAUAGUUCACACCUGUUUGCCGAUUGUAUUGUAGAUGCUAGUAAUUUAUUUCAAUAUUUUGUAACAAAAAAAAAA